AUGGCGACAAAACUUUGUUCACUCUCUGAGUGGGCAGAUAAACGUACCGCGACAAUUUAUGUUGCCCCAAACAGAGCGCAAGCAAAGGUUGCCAUCGAAGAACUAUUUGCUCCCCACGUCAAGGCCUCCAUAAAUGGCAGGAAAAUUACCAGGGAAGAAAUUGAUCAGCUCCUUCUAGCUAUGCGCCCAACUGAAGAAGGAGCGUUGGGAUUCUUCUGGACGGACAUGGUGGGUGCGUCCAAGGACCCAUCUAAUCGAAACGGCUCACUGAGUGGAACGUACGUUAUCAGUGGCCUCCAGAUUCCGCAUCCAGAAACAGGGAAGUUGGUCCCCGGGUUUAGACGAAAGGGUGUGGCAAUAAUAAUUGAGUCACAAUCCGAAGACCCAACCAUAGAUAGUCGGAAGAUUGUAGAAUUUGUGAGCGUCGCGAACAACUACCCUCUAGAUCAACUCGCGGCUCAGGAGAAGGAACGGAGGACGUACGUUUCCAAGUACGGUUACAAGUUGUAA